AUGCUGCUUCUAUUACUGAUGUUGUCCCCUUUUUCGGCUCAGAUAAGCUCCAGUUCUGACUCUUGGAUUCUCUCCAGCCUGGUGCCAACUCCUUCAGUCUCCAAUAUGAGUGCUAUAACAAAACAAGAGAUUUUUGCACGUGUGCAUCCUCAGAGUGUUGAGCAAAGCUCUAAUGUUACAGUGGAGAAGAAUGAGGACGGGUCCAUGGCUAUGAAAUACCUUUACACUAAUGAUGAUUCUCUCCUGACUUCCUCCAGCUGCCGCCAACCUUUCCAGUUGGUCAGGCAACAAGGAGCUGUCCCUUCAGACCUUCAGGCUAUGCUAAGCCAGGUUAUUUUGUCCCUGACAAACACUGUAAAUUUUCUCAACCUCAUCUUUCAGGCCAGUGAGCUGAGGGAGACCAGUGUACAUGAGGACAUAGAGUGGUACCAUGCAUUGGUCCGAUCCAUGCUUGUUGGUGAAAGGCCUGGUUUGGUAAGACAUGCCCGACUAACAUUUGAUGCUGAUCCUAAAGCAUCUCGGCCGCAGUUGGUGCUACAGGCCUCCAGGAGCCAGUUGCUGGGUAUUUACCUGCAAGACCUCACUUUGUCUUGGAAAAGCUAUCAGUUAUCGGCAAAUGGUUCAGAUCCGAACUGGUUAAUAAGGUCCAGCGGUCCACCCAUUCCUGGAUUGUCUAAACAGGUCUUGGUCAAUGACCUCAGCACUCUGGACACACCUAAGUGGGCCCAUGGGGGCAUAUAUGUGACUAAUAGCAGUGGACUGCAGUGGGGUAGGGCCCCUUUCUUGGAGUGUAAGGAUGGACGUUUAUUGCCUGAGUGGCUCCUUACACUUUCUAUGCCAUUUUAUGGUUUGAAGCCAGACCUGAGUCCUGAGUUCAGGGGUGUAAUACAAGUGGAUGUAAACAUUCAAGGAUUUGAUGUAAAUCAGUGUAUCACUGGAGAUACCUGGUUUGCAGACUCACAUGAGUGUAACCGAACCAGCAUGGAGUGUGAGCCAAUUCCUGGGCAGGGCUUUCGGUUUGGCCAGUACUGCUGCAGAUGUAAGGAGGGAUACUACAGCCUGCCACCAGACACUGAGGACCAGUUUAAUGAUGGUGCCAACAGUACUCAGAUGUGUUACCCUGAGACGCCUGUGUGCCUGCCUUGCUGGCCGGGCUGUAAGCAGUGUAAGAACGGGUCACCGUGCUGGGUAGAGGAGGAUUGGCUUCUGAGAGCAGCAAUGCUAGCAGUUCAGGGCUUCUUCAUGGUUCUUGUGCUGCUCCUCAUGCUAAUAACAUACAAGUAUCGCAGAACCAGGACGAUUCGAGCGUUCAGUCUGCUGCUGCUGGAGAUUGUUCUCUUUGGCUCUGUGCUCCUAUACUUCCCUGUGUUCAUCUUAUAUUUUAAACCCAGCUUGUUUCGCUGCAUCCUUCUCCGCUGGGUCCGGUUGCUGGGUUUUACCAUAGUUUAUGGUACUGUGACUCUAAAAAUGUACAGGUUGCUGAAUGUUUUUCUCUCGUGUACUGCACAGAGAGUCCUUUACAUGUCUAAUGCCAGUGUGCUCAGGAUACUGGGAGUGAUGGUGCUCAUUGCAAAGUGGUUUUUGUGUGCUUGGACUGCAGGAGUCCUUCAAAACAGAGACCGUAAUGUUCCUUUGCUAAUCACAUCAACCACCUUAGAUGGACAAAGUUUCAAAAUGUGUGACUCAGACCGGUGGGACUACAUGAUGGCUCUGGCGGAGUUGCUGUUUUUGUGCUGGGGGAGCUUGCUCUGCAGUGCAGUAAAGAGUGUGCCCUCUGCCUUCCAUGAGCCUCGAUACAUGGGCAUUGUUAUCCACAAUGAACUAUUUUUCUCUGCCAUUUUUCAUCUUCUCAGGUUCAUGCGGACAUCUGUGCAUCCCGACUGGAUGCUUUCAUUAUUCUUUGUCCAUACUCAUGCCACGACCACUGUAACUCUUGGUCUGCUGUUUAUUCCUAAGUUUCUUCAUAUGACUCGACCUGUAAAAGAGGAUAUUGCUUCAGAGAUGUAUGAGGAUGAAGUAGAUCUCCACCAUUCAUAUAUACACCUCAAUGGCAGUUUUACAUCCACCUGCUGGAACGACCACACCCUGGACCCUGAUGACAUUCGGGAUGAGCUGGAGAAACUUUAUGGACGACUGGAAAUCCAAAAGACCAAAAAAAUUGCAAAAAACAACCCACAUCUGCAGAAGAAACGCAGCUCUCAGCUUAUGCUUGGUCAGUCCCUUAUUAAGCGCAUCGCUGAGAUCCCAGAGAGCAUGAGUCGGCAGUGCAGUCGUAAAGACAAGGACGCUUUAGGAGCUAGAGGAACAACAGCAUUGUCUGGAUCCUUGAAAGCAAUUCCUGAAAGUACCUGUGUCACUAUGAGGAAUGAGAUAACCAAGCUGCCAUCACUAAAGAUAAAAACAUCUCAGAGUGCAUGCAAGUAUGUCCCCGAGAGGGAUAGUUUAUUGAUUAAUUCUUCAGUGAAAAAAUGUAUGGAAAGAAGAGCCUCUAAAGCAGAGUCUAUCAAAACAACACCAGUUAAGAGGGUUUCUAAGGCAGAGUCUAUUGACACAGCACCAGUUCUUUGCAAGUCUGUCAGUGCUCACAAUUUAGCAGUGGAAAAUAAUCUUCUACAACCUUUGCCCACCAGGGUUCAGAGGUCCUAUAGUUUCUCAGAAAGGCCCAGAGACCAUUAUUAUCUUGCCCAUACUGAAAGCACCAAGGACACAUCACUUGUUUUGAAAAUAAGGCCAAAAGAUAAGUCAACUCAAGCACAGGACUGUACAAAGGAUACAAUUUUAAACACUGAGGUCAGUCCCUUUAAUUUUAAGGAGGAUCAGGUGGCAGGUAUAAACAUACCAAAACAGAAACAAGUUACUAAUUCUGUCUCUCAACAAGAACCCCUAGCACAUAAACUUUUAUCAUCACCAUCACUACUAUAUGUUUGCCCUUGGGAAUUUGCCUCCUCUUUGCCUCCCCAUCCUCCUGUGGCAGAGCGAGAACAUGGAAUGGACUCAGAUGUCGAUUCUCAAAGACCAAAACCUCCAGUCUCCAGUAGUGCUCCAGCAUCACCACAUGGCGUUGGGAAGCCAAUUUUCCAUCGGAGGUUCUCUUUCCGUUCAACUACCCAAACUCUCAUUUUAGCAAGGGGGUUGAUACAUGGAAAACGAAGUGGCAAAUGUAGUGAUAAAAAGGAACGGACUGUCUGCAGUACUGACAGCUCUGGAAACACACCACAAAUACCAAGACGAGCUCUAACUUGGGUUGAUUCAAAACCUUGCCUAGUUAAACAGCCAGCAAUGAGAGUAUCAUCAAAUGAUUCCACAAAGGGCUUCUCCAGAAGCAGUGCUCCACCUCAUAUCUGUCUCUGUAAGUCAGAAGACAUGAUAAUGGAAGUAGGAAAACCAAGUCCUUUUGGAAAUAUAAUACAAAGACAAAACAGUGAUACGCAAAAGCUUUCUCCGACAUCUAGCACAGAGAGCAACAAAUCAACCAGUCACCAAAUUAGGUCUUCUCUGACUGUUCCAAGGACAAAUUUAUGUCUUUGGGAUGUUCCGAAUCAGACCCAACCAGAAAUAAGAGAAAGCCAUAUUGCAGAUAUUUGCCCCUUGGAAUUUAACAAAACAGGUCAAAUACAAUCUGAGGGUAUACCUAAUCAUGUCUCAUAUUGGAAGACACAAAUGACAGCAGACCCAGUUGAUAUUUGUCCAUGGGAAGCACUAGAACAUGCAUCUAGAACAAGUGAUGAUCUUAGGAAGAAACUUACACAAGAUCAAGGCUGUAUAGAAGCUAAUGUAUGCCCUUGCAGUGUACCAGUUUUUAAUAUGUUGCAGAAUAAACCCGAUUCUGUCAAAUCCCCUACUACAACUAGACCAAGUGAGAGAAUUAUUUAUGUUGAUUCUUGUGCAGGGGACAAAAAAAUAAAGAGUUUGGUACAGCAAAAAACACUGAGAACUGACAUCUGCCCAUGGGAAACAAGUGAAGCAAUGACAGACCAAAAGAUUAUAAGUGUUAUUGGUUCACCUUGGGAAACGGGUAACAUGGCAGAACAGUACAUGAAAACAGUCACAGAUUUGAAGAUCUCAGCUAGGCCUAGUAUGCAACAUCCAACUAAACAACCCAGUAGCACUGCAGACAUUUGCCCUUGGGACCUCCCUGAGUCACCAGGUCUGAAAAAUGACUGUGUUACAGUAUGCCAUUGGGAAUCAGAAGACUUAUCAAACACCAAUGCUGAGCAAUCAAGACUUGAUGUCAAGAAAAACACAACAAUGCAUCUAUUGACAAAACAGUUGACAAGCACAGCAAAUAUUUGCCCUUGGGGCUUCCCUGAAUUACCACCUACUGUGGUGGAUGACUGUUCUUCAAAGUCAGGGGAACCAUUUCCCAAAACUAAACAAGAAACUGAAGGAUAUUCUACGCAAGAAUCCACAAUUAAGAACGCAGAUGUAUGUCCAUGGGAAUCAGAAAAGCCUGAGAGUUUACAGGAAAAGUGUAUAGCUAUAACAGUCCAGAAACCUGAAAAUGUUACUGCAGAUAUUUGCCCUUGGGAAACAGAAACGUCUUCAGAAUCAACUCAAAGUCACAGUAACACCAAAUGUGACAUAUGUCCUUGGGAACAAGAGAACUCGGAAGAAUCAAAAAUGCAAGAAAGUAUCUUUGUAGUUAACCAUCCCUGGAAAAGACCAGCAAAUUUAGAGGAUAGUUCUGGAAUAGGUGUCAGUGAUAUAAGGAAAGAAGACACCUGUGUAUAUGAGGUCCAAGGGGUAAGAGCUAAUCGGCCUCUGACUCGAUGUGAUGCACUGUGCCCAUGGGAAAUUAAAUCUCCGUCUAUUACAGAGCAUGACAAAAACCCAGAUGUCUUGACAUGGGAGGAACCAAUACCAGAAGAAGGUGAUGCUGAAACAGCUGCAGAGGCCUUCAUUUUUCCACCUGACUUAUAA